AUGGAUUCAAAUUUCACUACUUCAACUCCAGAGUCACAUCCUGAGGCAACGGAUUUUCUGUCCCUUGCAGAGUGCGCUUUGCAGUGCAAGCUUUCCAACCAGACCAGCAAGAUCGAUCAGUGGUUCUACUCGACGAUCCGAUUGACAAGUUUAAGAGCCACAACAAGAAAUCUAGACAAGAUGGAUGAUGCAGAUCUCAAGCCUCCACCACCAUGGAAAUCCAAUGACGUGAAGUCGUUUAUAUGGAUGCAACUAGCCAUGCAUCCAGAAUUGAACUACACCGGCUUUCUUCGGAAGAAAUGGAUGUCAUGGAAGAUAGUGCCAUUUAAGAACAUGUCGAUCAAGAAAUGGCAUAAAGACAUUAAGCAAAGGCGGAAAGAGGAGCAGAGGCUGCAAAGAGCUGAAGUCCAUGCAGCAGUAUCAUCGAUGGCGGGUGUAGCGGCUGCACUUGCUGCUAUUGCAGCUGAAAAAUCAGAAAAUGAUGGGUCAAGCACUGCCAAGGAAGCUGACGUUGCUUCUGCAGCCGCGCUGGUGGUGGCCCAGUGUGCAAAAGUUGCAGAAGCAAUGGGGGCAAGGAAGGAGCAGCUCAGCAGCGUAAUAGGUUCGGCCAUGAAUAGCACAAGUGCAAGUGACAUCUCGUUGUACUUUUAUGCGCAAAUAGAAGCGAAUUUUAACAAAGUACCGAUAUCAACGUCAUAG